AAAAAAAAAAAAAACUUCUCCUUGCCAAAAUGGCCGCUCUAAAACAUUGUCAUUUGUAUGACUUGCCAGAUGUAAUUCUCACCAUCAUAUUCUCCCUAGUUAUCGACACUCGUACACGCAAUGCCAUGUCCCUUGUGUCCCUCAAAUGGUACCUGCUAGAGCGCUCCACCCGCACUUACCUCACUCUCCGCGGAAACAUCCGCGACCUAAUCUUCCUCCCCACUUGUUUUCAAGCUGUCACCAAUCUUGACCUCUCUUUCCUCUCCCCUUGGGGCCAUCCGCUCUUAGACGAGUCCUUCCCGAAUCCAACACUUCUUGCUCAGCUUUUUGGUCAGGCCUUCCCUGCCCUGAUUUCUUUUACUGCAUACGCACGAUACCCUAUAACUCUCAAUCAUCUUGCUCCUCAGUGGCCUAAUCUACGCCAUGCUAAGCUCAUCCGCUGGCAUCAGCGUUUGCCUACUGCUCCUCUUGGCUCUGAUUUCCUCCCACUGCUUGAGCAUUGUCAUUCACUUUCUUCCCUUGAUCUCUCCCAUUUCUAUUGCUGGACAGAAGAUCUCCCUCUAGCACUUAAAGCCUACCCUAAUACUGCAGCUUCCCUCUCCUAUCUCAGUAUCCUUACCCAUUCUUCUACCGAGGGAUACAAAGCUCACGAACUUCUUGCCAUUACAGCUGCCUGCCCAAAUCUCCGCCAGUUUCUGGCAACAUGUAUAUUUGACCACAGAUUCAUUGGUUCUACUCGGGAUGAAACUUUGCUGUCUCUUGCUUCAAAUUGUCCUCACCUCUCUCUUCUUCACCUUGUAGAUAUUACUUCCUUUUCAAAUGCCUGGGCGGUCAACCCUGAUGAUGAGGGUUACACCUAUCACGAUGCUAUAGUCAGCCAUGCGACUCUUGUGGACCUUUGUGCUGGAUUGCCAUUGCUUGAAGACUUGGUUCUUGAUGUUUGUCACAAUGUUAAAGAUACUAGGCCAGCAUUGAAGUUGCUUAAUUCCAAGUGCCCGCGGCUUAAGUCUUUGACUCUGGGACAGUUCCAUUGGGUUUGCAGGGGAAUAUUUUCACGGCCAGAUGUGAUUCCACUAUGCUCGGGGUUGGAGUCACUUUCAAUCAAGAACGCCGCUGAUUUAACUGAUCGUUGCUUGAUAGCUAUCUCACAUGGCUGCCCGAGACUCGCGCAGUUCGAGGUUACGGGUUGCAAAAUGAUCACAGAAACAGGGAUCAGAAAUUUGGCUUCGAACCUUCGGAGAACUUUAAUUGAUGUGAAGAUCUCUUGCUGUAAGCAUCUCAAUGCUGUGUGCACAUUACGUGCACUAGAUCCAAUUCGAGGCCUUAUCCAGCGAUUGCACAUAGACUGUGUUUGGAAAAGCGUUCAGCGAUUAGAAGAGGAGCAGCCUAGCGCUCUAGAGCGAGUAGCCAUGUGGAAAGAUACAAGCAGCUUCAAUAAGGAAUGCAAGAAACACUCAAGUUUGAACUUAUAUCACAUUCUUAGCCACGGAAGUGGCAGUGGUAAUAGUAUUGGUGAUAUAUUCCCUGCCAGGACUUGGGCAAAGUUGCAAUCUCUUUCCCUUUGGAUUUCUGUUGGGGAGAUGCUGACUCCAUUGACUUUGGUGGGGUUGGAGGAUUGCCCGGUGCUCGAAGAAAUACAAAUUCGAAUUGAAGGUGACUGCAGGCAGCAGAUAAGGCCUUCCAUGCACGCCUUUGGACUGAGCUCCCUUGAGUGUUAUCCUCGGCUUUCAAAGAUGAAUCUGGAUUGUGGAGGCGCUGUUGGGUAUGCUCUUACUGCCCCUGCUGGGUAUCCAGAUUUGAAUAUGUGGGAGCGCUUUUAUCUUAGUGGGAUUGGGAGCUUGAAGCUCACUGAGCUUAAUUAUUGGCCCCCACAGGACACAGAGUUAAAUAAGAGAACCCUCUCUCUUCCAGGAGCGGGAUUGCUUGCACAAUGUCCGACACUAAGAAAGCUUUUUAUCCAUGGGGCAGCCGCUGAACACUUGAUGAUGUUCCUUCUAAAAGUACCAACUCUCAGGGAUGUACAGCUGAGAGAAGAUUACUAUCCUGCUCCAGAAAACUACACAAGCUUGGAGAUGCGAGUGCGAUGGUGCUGUCGAUUUGAGGAUGCCCUCAACAGGCGUCAGAUCCCUGACUGAAUAUUGGGAGUCUACGCUUCCCGAAAACAAGACAUGGAACCUGCAACUAUGGCUUGCUCCCCUUGCAUAUAUGGUGAAGCGUAUGGGCUGCAACCUGGAAGACUUAAAACUGGCGAUGGAGUUUGGGUGUAUGUAACUAGCUAAGUUUGUCCGGGAGAGUAUCGUGGAAACUGCAAAGCAUUAAGCAUCACCAUUGAGAUUUGCUCAGUAUUUAACGUAAGAAAUAAAACAUUGUUCAACAAAAAGUACUGGCACACUAACAAGAGAAGAGAGAGAGAGAGAGAACAGAUUGUCGAUUUUAUUUUUUAUUUUUUCCUUUUCUUUUGGAGAAAACGUAGUUGUACGGCCCCUCAUCUUCUUCCUCUCCGAAAUGCUCAUCUCCCCCAAAUUUCUCUCAAAAACGUUCCACGAUCUGCUCCCACCCUCUGAGAGAAGAUUUCUUAAAAUCCAUGCAUAUGAUCAAAUGCAUACCCAGAAGCAUCCAUACUCUCUGUUUGUGUUAUAUAAAACUGCGACAAAGUUAACCCUGCACAUACACAGCCAACGUACGCCGCAAAGUUCCACGGCUCGGUCUAGAGGUUAAGGUUACGCACAAAUCCCGUCCAUUGGACUCGCAGUAAACCAAAGAGAACAGAUGACCGGAACGAUUCAACCUUCAGCGACCCGAGUACGUGGAGGAAAUCAAGGUAAACUCCUUAUAAUAUUCCUUGCUAUUAUUGCUAAAAUUAGUGUAUUUAAUUGUCGGCUUCAGAAAAAAUUAAGCUGGGACGACGUAAGUGUAGUACCGAUCAUCGAUCGGUGUUUCGGACAGGUGAAAAUGUUGGGGGUUUUAACUUUUCACUCUCCAGCUGCGAUUAUGUUAAUUGAUUAUUAAUUAUUAGCAAAAGCUAAAGAUUUUUAAGAGAAAAACCUAAUGA